CAUUUCCAUGAGCGCCGCCGGCAGCCGCGGAGCUGCGGGGACCGGCCGGGGGCGAGCUGGGGCGCCGUAGUCCACCACGCGCAGCUUUUAGGUUAAUCUGAGUAAGAGACCCAAGCUGUCCGGCCGGCUGCACAGCCGCCUCGUCGAGGGAAGUCAUUUUUGCAGUAGAGGAACAGGUGACACAGAUCAAGAUGAACGCCAUGCUGGAGACCCCCGAGCUGCCGGCCGUGUUUGACGGGGUGAAGCUGGCAGCCGUGGCCGCUGCCCUCUACGUGAUCGUCCGGUGCUUGAACCUGAAGAGCCCCACGGCCCCGCCUGACCUCUACUUCCAGGACUCGGGGCUCUCACGCUUUCUGCUCAAGUCCUGUCCUCUUCUGACCAAAGAAUACAUUCCACCGUUGAUCUGGGGGAAAAGUGGCCACAUCCAGACAGCCUUGUAUGGGAAGAUGGGCAGGGUGAGGUCGCCCCACCCCUACGGGCAACGCAAGUUCAUCACCAUGUCGGAUGGAGCCACGUCCACCUUCGACCUCUUCGAGCCCCUGGCAGAGCACUGUGUUGGAGAUGACGUCACCAUGGUCAUUUGCCCCGGGAUCGCCAACCACAGUGAGAAGCAGUACAUCCGCACCUUUGUCGACUAUGCCCAGAAAAACGGCUACCGCUGCGCCGUGCUGAACCACCUGGGCGCCCUGCCCAACAUCGAGCUCACCUCCCCGCGCAUGUUCACCUACGGCUGCACCUGGGAAUUUGGAGCCAUGGUCAACUACAUCAAGAGGACGUACCCCCUGACCCAGCUCGUGGUCGUGGGCUUCAGCCUUGGGGGUAACAUCGUGUGUAAAUACUUGGGGGAGACUCAGGCCAACCAAGAGAAGGUCCUGUGCUGUGUCAGCGUGUGCCAGGGGUACAGCGCCCUGAGGGCGCAGGAGACCUUCAUGCAGUGGGACCAGUGCCGGCGCUUCUACAACUUCCUCAUGGCCGACAACAUGAAGAAGAUCAUCCUGUCGCACAGGCAAGCUCUUUUUGGAGACCACGUUAAGAAGCCACAGAGCCUGGAGGACACAGACCUGAGCCGCCUCUACACAGCCACGUCCCUGAUGCAGAUCGACGACAACGUGAUGAGGAAGUUCCACGGCUACACCUCCCUGAAGGAGUACUACGAGGAGGAGAGCUGCCUGCGGUACCUGCACAGGAUUUACGUGCCUCUCAUGCUGGUGAACGCAGCUGAUGACCCCUUGGUGCACGAGAGUCUUCUCACCAUCCCAAAGUCUCUCUCAGAGAAACGGGAGAACGUCAUGUUCGUGCUGCCACUGCACGGGGGCCACCUGGGCUUCUUCGAGGGCUCCGUGCUGUUCCCCGAGCCCCUGACGUGGAUGGACAAGCUGGUGGUGGAGUACGCCAACGCCAUUUGCCAGUGGGAGCGCAACAAGUGGCAGUGCUCCGACACCGAGCAGGUGGAGGCGGACGCGGAGUGAGGCCGGACUCUGGUGCGCCCCAGCGGCACCCCAGAACCGCUCCCCCCGGCCGUUUCAGGUCCUGUCUCCCUUAGUGACUUGGCUCGGACCUCAAACCACCGGUGGCCCCGGGACACCUGUCUCAGAAUAGGCAGCCGUCCCCAGGAACUCCGGGCUAUUUUUGUGCUUAGUUAUUGGUUUUCUCCAUUGCCUUGUUAGCCAAGGUGACAGGCCUCGGGGUCUCACCCGCCCUGUCCAGUCUCAGCGUCUGAUUGCUUUUAAGCCAAUCACAUCUAGUUUCCCUAUUAAAAAUGUCUGAACAGCCGUUUUGCUCUGCCAAUCAAAAGGCUUCUCCAAGACAGUGAGGAUGUAUGUUCCCGGUGGUGAUGGUUUUGAGCCCUGACGUGGGCCCAGCCCCUGCUCACGAGGCCGCCCAGCUGGGAGCCUGAGGACCUGCGCCUCCCGCCCGAGUGUUCCACCCUCGCGAAGCUCGAAGUUUCCCCCACUUUGCCCGUGAUGAGAGUUACCUGGGGCGCUAGUUAAAAAUUCAGCCUCCCAGGUGUCUCCCCUUAGAGAAGCUGGCCCCGCGGUUGGGAGGGAGCCUGGGGAUUUUAAUUUUUGACAAGUGCCCCAGGUGAUUCUCAUCACAGGGCCAGUGCGGGGAAACGCCGCCCUGCGGGGCCUUCCCUCGAAGCACGGCGGCCUCCCGUGUUGAAAUGCGUGGCCAGAGGUGUCUCAGCCUCCGGGAGCCACCUGAGCAGUGAGGCCACCCCAGGGUGACCACAGGGUGAGGUCUGGGAAGGGGCCUGGGUAGGGUGCAAGGAGCUGGGCUGCGUCAGACUCUGUCCCCCCCCCCACCGGCCAUGUGACCCUGGAAACUUGAACUUCGUGUCUUCUCCCAUAAAGGGGGGCUGCAGCAGGUCGCCAGCCGAGAGCACCACCAGUCCUGACGUUCAAUGACAAACUCAGUGUCCUGAGGUUUGAGAGAACAUCCCUGGGGGGCCGGGCGGGCUCUCCUGUCCACACGGAAGCCCACGCUGUCGUUUGCCUUUUUUCCUUAUUUCAUGGCCCCUCGUUUCAUAGGAAGAAGCGUUUGUUUGUUGCUUGUUUGUCUGUUUUUCAAAGCACUCAAUGGUAAUUUUAUUUUUUUAACCCAGGUCUCUCUAACUCUGGCUUUUGAUACCAAAUAAUUCAAAAGUUAGAGAAUGAUCUUUCCAACCCCAGAAGGGGGUUAUUUUGAAACCAGAUUUUUUUUUUAAAUAGCCUCUGUUUGUAGUCUGUCAGAUAGAUCUUUCCAGAGUGUGUCUUCUCCAACAAAAAUGUCACUCGAGGUUUCAAGUACUCCUUCCUCCCAUCCUGUGGUACUUGAGUCUCUAAACACCCUGCACUUUGAAGCAUCAGCAUGGUUCUCUGGAGCGAGACAGAGCUAUGAGUGAAAUUGCCUGAAUACUUAAAAAAAAGUCCCUGCAUCAUCUCCUUGGCCCAGGACAGCAGUCGCAGAACUCGGGGGCCUGUGCGCAUGUUUGAGGGGCGGGCAGCCACCAGGGCCUGGGUGCCGAGGGUGGACGUGGCUUGGGCCUUGGUCCAGGUGACCCCGAACUGUCUGUAGCCCCCAGAUGCUGUUUUCUGACAAUCCCCAGGUCAUCCCCACUAGAGACAUCCCAGACAGCCGUCGCCUGACGGUUGGGAUUUCCGCCGUCUCAGCUUCGCGCAGCACUGCCGCAGUCCCUCGGGGUUCCCGGUGGUUCUCCCCUGCGCUUCCUGCCCCUGUUCCGGCACACAUCCGGCACUUUAUCAUCUGCCCCCCAACCUGGAAGCUACUCCCCUCUCCCCUGUUACUUCCCCUCCACCCGGCCUUGGCCCUGAUCUAGAAGAUUCACAGUCAGAUUUCCUGCUACUGCCUUCGCUUGGCAAGACUGUGACUUUAGGGAACUGAAGCAAUAGCUUAAGGGCUGGGCCUCCAUCCCCGGAGCAAGAGCCUCCUUCUCCUUUUCUUUGCCUGAGGUCACAUCCCUUGACCUAUUGGGACAGAGUGGGGACCAGGUACCAGCUCCACUGGGGAGGAGACAGGACCGCCAAGUUGUCAGCACACGUUGCAGGGACCCCAGAAAUCCUUGGUGCUUGGGCCAGGAGGCAGUCCUGGUGGCCCCAUGGGGGGCGGGGGCUGGGCCACAGCCUCUGUCACCACACACCGGGAAUCGCCCCAGGCCGUGGCCCGGGUCCAGCUGAACGCUCCGAAGGGCACUUCCGCGGCUUGGCUCUCAGGACACGCACUGGAGCCCUUUGUUCCCGCCGCAGCUCUCAGGCUCGGCAGUGGCAGCGGGACUGGGUGCCUCACAAGAAACCGCUUGUUUGUCCCUGAAUGGAAGCACAGAGGCUCUGAAUUUGCAAACCUGCUUAAGAACCUGUGCGGCAGCUCUUUCCUUCCUCCGGUUCCCGCGGCCUUUCUGCCGCCCGCGAGCGCGCCUCUGGGAAGGUCUUGUGUGGGCGAGAACAAGGCAGGAUUCUCAAAGAGCCUUUGGACCCGAUGGAAGGAGAAAAGUUUUAAAAAUCAGAUUAAGGGUGUAAAUCGCACAGCCCUCCACAACCUGUUGCAGGAAUAACACCGUCCAAAUCUAGGAAGGAAGCACCUGCGGCCCCCCCCACCCCUACACCCCCCCUGCCCCUCGCCCCCCACCCCGGGGGUCUGGCUGCCUCCUGGGAAGCUGAUCCCCAUCAAGGUCAAGUCAGGAUUAGCCAACUUGGAGAGCGAGUCCUUGCUGCACUGAGGUAGGAGGGAGUACAGCUGACUUGGGAAAAGCCGCUGCUCUCCCUGCAGUCAGCCCCACUCUGCAGAGCAGAAGGGAGGAGCCUCGUGUUCUUCCAGCCUCGCCCCAGGGCACCCUGGGCCAGAGAGAGCAGGGUGCUCCCUUCUCCACCCGGGGUGCUCCCUUCUCCACCCGGGGUGUGUGCGCCCCAGAGUCCGUGAGUCCCGGUCACCUUAGGCGGCGGCCACAUCUCUUAGUCCUCCUCAUCUCUUUCCACAUCCUCUGCCUGGGCCUCCCCUCUUGGCUUCCGCAGCCCUGGCCCGUGGAAACGGAUGUGCCCAGUCGGGCUCAGACCCAGCAUUGACAUCCCAGGGCACCCCUUCGUUGCUUCUGGAAGCCUGGUCCCAUCACAGCUGAGCUGGCUCCUCUGCCCGGCAUCCCAAUGAGAGCCCGCUUUGUAGCUCAGCGGCUUCCAUCCCUCUCGCCAGCUCCGGCAAACACUGCGUUGUGUGCCUGUUUGUCUUUGCCAGACAGGCAGCUGGCGAGAUGUGAGAGGCUUUUCUCUUCCUGGAGCUCAAGAUCGUUUAACCACCACCGAGUUCAGAGAACCUGGGCCUCGGAGCUUGAGGCGGGACAGGGGAAUUUGGGAAACUUUCACUGCAGCCUCCUCUCACACUGUCAUCCCGAAUUGUUUCCUUUGUCCAGAAAGCCUUAACUUGCCUCUAGAAUAUUCCCUGGUGUGACAACGGUAUUGUGGCAUUGGAAUUUGAAUGAUUCUGCUGUGGGAUUUUGAAGCCAAACCACAGCAAAACCAGAGGCUCUUCCAGCCCCUACGCACAUUUCAAGACCUGGCCAUUGAAGGAAAGCUUUUCUCCUCCCUGCCUUAUCCCCGAGCAGAGCAGAGUGAAGUCCCCUCUCCUAGUCAACUAGGAUUGCUUUUGCUAAACUGUAUCUGAAACUGACGGGAGGGUGCCUGGCCCCUGCUGGCAGUGAGACCUGGAAUCCCACCCAACCCAAGAGCCGCUUCUGGCUGCCGGGCCAGCUGCUGUCCCUGCUUCGGACGCUGCCGCAGCUUUUAGAAGCAGCUGCUGAGAGACCUCUGGCCAGUAGGCUGGCCACUCUCAGACCCCCGGCCAGUAGGCAGCUGACCCCUUUGGAGGAGUCACCCCCUCCCUGUUUUCUGGACUGUUUUUCCUAGCAUGUACCUGGUUCAAGCUUUCACGUUCCGCUAAUGAGUAAGCUGACGUUAAUGUCUAACCGGUGGAUUAAGACUUUUAACAGGACUCCUGUCAAUCAGUAGUGAACUCGAUCCCCUGCCUCUGCCCGCUUCUGGUUCCCACUAGCCAAGAAAUCUACUAUUGCCAUAAGUGGGGGACAGUCCCCUGAUAGCACCUACAGAAAUACCUUUCACUCGAUGGGCAUUCUCCUUCCAGACACCCACACGGAGCAGCCAGCAGUCGCCCGGAGUGGCUGCUGACCCCCUGGUGCCAGUGCUGCCAGCCGCGCCCCUCCCUGGCUGUUCCCGUGGGCGGACCAAACCCUUGGGUGGAGGAGUGGGUUUUUCUUGGGGGCUUUAGGUCAGUUACCUAAAGCACAAGCCCACGUGGCCUCCGGGCACCUCCGCACCAGGUCUGGAUGAUCCGGCCCCUCCCACUGCCUCAGGAAGACCUUCACUGUACCUGAGCUCUGACUUCCGCCGCUGCGGCUGCCUUAGCACACCCAGGGGCGGGCGGGCGGGGGCCAGCGGGCCCCCCUUUUCUUGGCUAUCCUCCAGUCAACCACAUUCUUCUGUUGGCAGAUCUGCUUCCAGAUUGAUUUUUGAGAACCAUCACUUUCACAUUCCUAAUUUUCGUUUGUUUUGUUUGAUUUUCUGUGUUUUAUUUAGAUUUUCUGAAACUUAAAAUGCUGCCCUGAAAAUAAUGUAUUUUUGAGUUUGUGUCCUGAAAACCUCUGUGCUGCCGGGUUUGGGGGAAAUACAGGACCCUCCAGCACCGAGGUGUUUAAGAUUUGCAACUAGCAAUGCAAUUUUUUCUAAAUAUGAGGAUAUUUACCUUUAUUAAGAAAUUACACUAAACAACUGUGUCCUUGACCAUUUUAUGUUCUCAUUUUACUUUUGGUUCUAUUUUGAUUCUGAGUGGUGGUAAGCAAAGAUCAUUUCAACAAAAACUGUAAUUUUGUUAUCUUUGAUUCAAUGGAAUUUCUUUACUUAAAAAAAUAAAGAUUUUAAAAUGUGGCAUGGCUGUGUGUCCUUGGGUGAGGGGGUUUU